AUGGAAGGCCUAGAUUAUUUAUUUAAACCAAUAGUUCUAGUCACUGGUUUUGGGCCAUUUGUUAAUCAUCCGAUAAAUGCAAGCUGGGAAGCGGUAAAGCUGCUCGAUAAAGAUAAAAUCGAAAGAGAACACAAAGUAGAACUUGUUCAACUGGAAAUACCUGUCACUUAUGAAAAUGUUGAUGAAUUUAUUCCCGCUUUGUGGGAGACACAUGAACCUAAGUUAAUGAUCCAUGUGGGUGUAUCGAAAAUAGCUCAAGAUUUAACUCUAGAAAAACAAGCUCACAGGAAGGGCUAUCAACGUAUGGACUACUUUGACAAAUGUCCUGCAAAUCAGACUUGUACCAGCAGUGGUGCGAUCCGCAUUCACACCAAACUGGAUAUAGAAAAAAUAUGCAGUGAUUUUAAUGAUGAUCCUCCAAGUGGAGCAAAGGCCGUGGUCUCCUUGGAUGCAGGAAGGUAUUUAUGUGAAUACACCUACUACACAUCAUUGAAUAUCGACAACACGCGCACGCUAUUUGUACAUGUGCCCGAUAUGAAGAUCUACAGCUCGGAACUAACUGCGCAUGCGCUCGAGAGGAUUAUAGAUUUAUGUCUGAAAGAACUAGAUCUUGAUAAGAACAUAUCGGAGUGA